UCUCAGAGGUUGAGACUUCAGUACACUCUACCCUGCAAAUAUACAAAGACUGAGCUCCUAAAAGAAGAGAAAUUGUAAGAGAUGUGGAAAGUCAGGCCUGCAGUUCAGUGAGAAUUUAGCAGAGUUCUCAUUCAGAGAAAGAAAAAUGAAAAGUUUGCAACUUCUUUCAUUUUUAUUGCUUUCUUGCAUCAUCGUCUCAGCAAAUACAUAUGAAGGAAAGAAAAAAGAGGCACUGGGAUCACAGAGUGAACACACUACAGCAAAGAAAUAUCAGCAAAACUUAGAAACCAAAUUUCGACUCUAUACAGAUACAGCUGAAGGCAGCUGCCGGCUUUUUGUCAAUCAGUUGGAGACUCUUGACAAAUGCGGUUUCAAUGCCUCUCUUCCUCUGGUGAUGAUAGUCCAUGGCUGGUCGGUGGAUGGGAUAUUAGAAAGCUGGAUUUGGAAAAUGGCAGCAGCUCUGAAGUCUCAGCGUAACCAAAUGAACGUGAUCGUUGCAGACUGGCUCACACUGGCUCACCAGCACUAUCCCAUUGCCGUACAGAACACACGCACCACGGGACAGGAGAUAGCGCAGUUCGUGGAGUGGCUCGAGGAAUCCGUUCAGUUUUCCAGAAGCAAUGUUCAUCUAAUUGGGUACAGCCUAGGAGCUCAUGUUUCAGGAUUUGCUGGAAGUUUCAUCAAUGGUACAAAAAAGAUUGGAAGAAUUACAGGCCUUGACCCUGCCGGUCCCUUGUUUGAAGGAAUGUCACCAACAGACCGUUUAUCUCCAGAUGAUGCAAACUUUGUAGAUGCAAUUCAUACCUUCACUAAACAGCACAUGGGCCUCAGUGUUGGCAUCAAGCAGCCUGUGGCUCAUUUUGACUUUUAUCCCAACGGAGGCACCUUCCAGCCAGGCUGUCACAUCCUGUAUGUGUACAACCACAUUGCACAACACGGGAUCAAUGGCAUCGCUCAAACUGUGAAAUGUGCUCAUGAGAGGUCAGUUCAUUUGUUCAUUGACUCUCUGCUGCACAAGGACAAGCAAAGCACAGCUUACUGGUGCAACGACAUCAACACUUUCAACAAAGGACUGUGCCUCAGCUGUAAGAAGAACCGGUGUAACACCCUGGGCUACAACAUCAGGGAGGAAAGGCUGCCCAAAAGCAGACGACUCUUCCUGAAAACAAGAGCGCGUAUGCCCUUCAAAGUGUAUCAUUAUCAGUUCAAGAUCCACAUCAUCAAUGAAAUCGAAGGCAAGCAGAUAGAACCAGCUUUCACCAUGUCUCUGGCAGGGACUAAGGAGGAUGCUAAAAAGCUGCAUAUCCCACUAGUUGAAGGUAUUACUGGGAAUAAGACCUACUCCUUUCUCAUCACCCUGGACACUGAUAUCGGUGACAUCAUAAUGAUAAAGUUGAAAUGGGAAGGAAUUCCAGUUUGGGAAAAUAUCUGGGACACAUUUCAAACCAUAAUACCAUGGACAAAAGGCACUCGUCGACCAGGACUUAUAGUGAAGGCAAUAAGAGUGAAAGCAGGGGAGACACAGCACAGAUACACAUUUUGCCCCCAAAGCAUUGACAACAUUCACCUUCAUCCAUCCCAAGAGAAGACAUUUGUGAGUUGUGAAGAUGACUUCCAAAGAAGCAUCUGACAGAAAAUGAGCAAGAACACAAAAAGGCAACUUCUUGCCAAAAUAUUCAAAAUAUGAUACAUCUGGUAAAAUGUUUUAAAAAUUCACAGCUGCAUCAAAUAUCCUAGCAGUUUCAGAGACGAAAAAAUACAUUAAGAUAUUUAGCUUUUGUCAUUUGAUAGUAAGCUGAAGUAUGUUCUUUAUUCAUCUAGGAGCAUACUCUGAAAAUUAUCAGUGAGCAGCUUCAUCAAGGCAACAGAUUGUCAAUUUUGAAUUGUUUAAAAUCUGAAAAAAACAUCUGCUCACCAGAAAUAAAAAUAUUAUUUGAAAAAAUCAUUGCCAUAAGCCUGUGAAAAAUUUAAUUUUGUUGGAUUUAAGGGAAAAAAGAAACUUUGUUUCCCAAUAAAUGCUUUAAAACACUAAUAGCUAUGACUAUCAGUUAAAAUUUUGCUAAAUUAUUUCCUAAUGAAGGGUUAGUUAAAUAGUUCAUAAAAUACUACCAAAGAGACAUAAAAAUACAAAAUGCUUGAGUUGUAAUAACCAUAUGAAAACCCCUGUAAUAGUAUCAUCUAAGAAAUCUAUAAUAAACCCUGUUCUCUUUGAAAAUGCUUUGCUAUUUAACUGUUUUAAUUAGAGAACUGAUUUAAAUUACUAUCAAUUUAAUUAUUUGAAUUAUGCUUAGUAUACUACACAAAAUUCUAGCACAACUAAGUUCAGUUAAUUUUUGCAUUUAAAUCAUAUUUAUCUGUUCAGGUAAGGUCUGAGAUUUUUGGAUUCUAAAUCUCUGUAUACCAGAUUUUGGCGUGACUUGAAACUGCCAGAAUAAAUGAAAAUGGUUAAACCUUCAAACAGUUUCAGAGCAUAAAAACAAGCUUUGUAAGGUCAAACAUAUACAAUUCCCUUGUUUCCUUCGUCAGAAUAUUCCUUUGUUUCCUUGUCAGAAAGGAACAUUAUUGUCUCAGAUUGUUUUUAUUCUAUGGCUUGUGUGUACUGAAACAGAAAUCGAUAUAUAUGUAUUCAUUUGUCAAUAUGAUAAGCACAAGAUCAUUAAAAAUUAAGAUUUCUUGAACUCUGAA